UGUUUUGCGAUUGAGUUUAGCAUUUGGUCUUCAUAACAUGCACGUUUCAAAUACAUUUGAGAACGAGGCGCUGGCUGAGCAAUGUGUUUACAUUUGAGAACGAGGCGCUGGCUGAGCAAUGUGUUUUUGUUGCGUUUGAGACUGAAGUUAUUGGCUCGCGUAACGCUGUACGCUUGAACAGCGCGGCUAGCUCUCGCUAAUUUUGACAGAACAAUGUAGCUAACUAUGUCAUUUUAGUGCGAUCAAUUUGGUAAUGUUAAAUGGGGUAUUCUAGCAUUGUAAUAUAGCUACUUAGCAAAUAUGGUUCUUGAUGGAAUAUCAGAGUAACGUUAGUUAAACACCAGAAAAGUUUCCAUUGAACGAAGAAUACGGUCACCAGAUAACGUUACAAAAUCUUUAGAGAAUUCUUGAACUGGCUUCAAGUUUCAGUCCCGAUACCCAGCAAAGUAAAGAAGGGUGAUAUGCCACAUCAGGAAGCUUUUUAGAAGUGAAGUGAUGGAAUUGAUGGAGCCCAUGGCAGUGAGCACCUCAGUGGUCGGGCCGGAUGAGUUCAACCGCAACAUGCCGCGCAUCUGCGGCGUCUGCGGCGACAAGGCCACCGGCUUCCACUUCAACGCCAUGACCUGCGAGGGCUGCAAGGGCUUCUUCAGACGCAGCAUGAAGCGUAAGGCCAGUUUCACCUGCCCUUUCAACGGCAGCUGCUCCAUCACCAAGGACAACCGGCGCCACUGCCAGGCCUGCCGGCUCAAACGCUGCGUGGACAUGGGCAUGAUGAAGGAGUUCAUCCUGACAGAUGAGGAGGUGCAGAGGAAGAAGGAUCUGAUCCAGAAGAGGAAGGAGGAGGAGGCGGCGCGGGAGGCCCUGAGACCAAGGCUGAAUGACGAGCAGAGCCAGGUCAUCGCAUCAUUGGUGGAGGCACACCACAAGACCUACGACGACUCCUACUCCGACUUCUCACACUUCAGGCCCCCGGUGCGAGAGGGCCCAGUAACACGCAGUGCCAGUCGUGCAGCCUCCUUUCACUCGCUGUCAGAUGCCUCCUCAGACUCCUUCAACCACUCACCAGAGUCGGUGGACACCAAGCUGAUGAAAUUCAGCAGUCUAUUGAUGAUGUACCAGGACAGUGCAGGCAGCCCGGACUCCAGUGAGGACGAUGGCUCCAAGCUCUCCAUGCUGCCCCACCUGGCUGACCUGGUCAGCUACAGCAUCCAGAAGGUCAUCGGCUUCGCUAAGAUGAUCCCUGGCUUCAGAGGGCUGACUGCUGAGGACCAGAUCGCCCUGCUCAAGUCAAGUGCCAUCGAGAUCAUUAUGCUACGCUCCAACCAGUCUUUCAACCUAGAGGAUAUGUCCUGGAGCUGUGGUGGUAGCCCUGACUUCAAGUACUGCAUCAACGACGUCACCAAGGCGGGUCACACUCUGGACCUGUUGGAGCCGCUAGUGAAGUUCCAGGUGGGCCUGAAGAAACUCAGCCUCCAUGAGGAGGAACACGUGCUGCUCAUGGCCAUCUGCCUGCUUUCUCCAGAUCGUCCAGGGGUGCAGGACCACGCUAAGAUCGAGGUUCUCCAGGACAGUCUGUCGGAGGUGCUCCAGGCCUACAUCAGGGUGAACCACCCGGGAGGACGGCUGCUCUAUGCCAGGAUGAUCCAGAAGCUGGCCGACCUGCGCAGCCUCAACGAGGAGCACUCCAAACAGUACCGCUCGCUGUCCUUCCAGCCCGAGCACAGCAUGCAGCUCACCCCGCUGGUGCUGGAGGUGUUUGGGAGCGAAGUGUCCUAGCAGCCACGCCGAUCCCCACCACCACACCUCUGGUUGGAAGAGAUGGACAGACGAUCCCUCCCGUGAGGACCCCCGGGAGUUAAUUUGUUGAGUUGCUGGAUAGAGGGCUCAGUGAUGGGGGUGAUGGAAGGGUCUCUGAGGGGGAAUAGCGGAAUGGACCGGAAAGUCACACUGUCACAAACGGUUUUGGUGGGUUAAUCAGGGUAUUAAGGGUAAAUAGAGGAGGAAGGGGUUUCGAUAUGGUUGUAAUUUCCCGUUCAUAAGAAAAAGGGAAUUUCGAACAGAAUGUAUUUAUAACUAAACUAUAUAUAUACAGUACCAGUCAAAAGUUUGGAUACACCUACUCAUUCGAGGGUUUUUCUUUAUUUUUACUAUUUUCUACAUUGUAGAACAAUAGUGAAUACAUCAAAACUAUGAAAUAACACAUAUGGAAUCAUGUACUAACCAAAAAAAUGUUAAACAAAUAAAAAAAAUAUUUUAUUCUUUAGAUUCUUCCAAGUAGUCGGGUGACCCUUUGCCUUGAUGACAGCUUUGCACACUCUUGGCAUUCUCUCAACCAGCGUCACCUGGAAUGCUUUUCCAGCAGUCUUGAAGGAGUUCCCACAUAUGCUGAGCACUUGUUGGCUGCUUUUACUUCACUUUGCGGUUCAACUCAUCCCUAACCAUCUCAAUUGGGUUGAGGUCGGGUGAUUGGGGAGGCCAGGUCAUCUGAUCCAGCAUUCAUCAUUCUCCUUCUCGGUCAAAUAGCCCUUACACAGCCUGGGUGUGUUUUGGGUCAUUGUCCUGUUGAAAAACAAAUGAUAGUCCUAUUAAGUGCAAACCAGAUGGGAUGGUGUAUCGCUGCAGAAUGCUGUGGUAGCCAUGCUGGUUACGUGUGCCUUGAGUUCUAAAUAAAUCACGACAGUGUCACCAGCAAAAGAUCCCCACUCUAUCACACCUCCUCCUCCAUGCUUCACGGUGAGAACUACACAUGCGGAGAUCAUCCGUUCACCUACUCUGCGUUACACAAAGACACGGCGGUUGGAACCAAAAAUCUCAAAUUUGGACUCAUCAGACCAAAGGACAGAUUUCCACCGGUCUGAGUGUCUAAUGUCCAUUGCUUGUGUUUCUUGGCCCAAGAAAGUCUCUUCUUAUUACUGGUGUCCUUUAGUUGUGGUUUCUUUGCAGUAUUUUGACCAUGAAGGCCUGAUUCAGGCAGUCUGCUCUGAACAGUUGAUGUUGAAGUCUUUUACUUGAACUCUGUGAAGCAUUUAUUUGGGAUGCAAAUUAAGGUACUGUUAACUCUAAUGAACUUAUCCUCUGCAGCGGAGGUAACUCGGUCUUCCUUUCUUGUGGCGGUUCUCAUGAGCCAGUUUCAUCAUAGCGCUUGAAGAAACUUUAAACGUUUUUAAUGUUUUGGAUUAACUAACCUUCAUGUCUUGAAGUAAUGAUGGACUAUCGUUUCUCUUUGCUUAUUUGAGCUUUUCUAGCCAUAAUAUGGACUUAGCCCUAUUUGGUUAAAUACCAUCUUCUGUGUACCACCCCUACCUUGUCACAACACAGCUGAUUGGCUCAAACGCGUUAAGGAAAGGAAUUUCACAAAUGUACUUUUAACAAGGCACACCUGUUAAUUGAAAUGCAUUUCAGAUGACUAACUCAUGAACAUGGUUGAGAAAAUGCCAAGAGUGUGCAAAGCUGUCAUCAAGGCAAAGGUGUGGCACUUUGAAGAAUCUCAAAUACAAAAUAUAUUUUUGUUUAACUUUUUUGGUUACUACAUGACUCCAUAUGUGUUAUUUCAUAGUUUUGAUGUCUUCACUAUUAUUCUACAAUGUAGAAAAUUGUAAAACAAAGAAACACAUUUUAAUGAGUAGGUGUGUUCAAACUUUUGACUGGUACUGUAUAUACAUACAUGUAAGCUAAUAUCUAUAUUUAAGGUUGUUUCUACUAAAACAAAUGGAUGAGAUGUCCUCUGUAUAUUAUAAGAUAUGUAGGACCCAAUUUGUGUGCAUAUGAAUGUGUGUAUGUAUUGACGUAGGGUGUGUCAAUUGCACACACACACACACACACACACAAAUGCACCCUGAGUAGAGUGCAAGGGGCCUUUUUUUUUGUUUUUUUGUUUUUUUAUGUUUCUGUAUGAGAAUACUGAAUGACCACAAAAGGGUGUUGAGUACAGGCUCUGAUGAAGUGUUUAGUAGUGGGACUGACAUCUGUGUUUACGGUACCAUUAAUGUAUUGUGGAAAGUGUUGGCUACACAAAGGAUAUAUUUGGUAACAAUUUGGUUCUGUUGCCCCCUUUCAGACGUCAAAAUAUACACAUUUAACAUUUAAAAAAUCUCAUAAGAGGAAAGAGAAACAUGUUUUAUUAGUAUUGGUUAACUAGCUAAAAUAAGAUGGCUAAACUAACCUGGUAAGGUGACAAACUGCCCUGCAUCAGGGAGAAGUUAGCCUUAUAUUGUACAAUAUACAUUUUGAGUAAUACGUACGCAAGCUUACAAUCAAGAGCAGGAGUCAUCGCCAGUCAAACAUGUUUGUAAUGAUGUAGUAAUUACUUCAACCUUUUAAUCAAAUCUGCAGAUGCUCUUCAUGCCUGAUCAAAUUCUAUUCAUGGUACAAUACAAUUACAAUGUCACUCCCACCAGUUUCUGUUUGAGAGCCAUGUUAUGGCCUUAGUAGGUCGAGGGUUCAGCACAUCACGAGUGUUUCCUCUCACGCCGUCUUCAGGUCUUGGUCACCCUCUUGUGGUCAUUGUCUGUAAAUACCACAUUUCUGUACAUAAUAAGGGAAAAAUAGGAAAAUACUAAGAAUUCAAUUGUUGGGAAGAAUGCUCUGGAGAUAUAUGCAAGUAUGAGAUGUGCUAUUUUCUUAUGUUGUUCCUCUCUUUUGAGGACUUGAUAAGCUUUGACCGCUAUGUAUACUUUUUUGGGGGGCGCAAACUCAUUGGUUUUAUUCGAUUUGAGAUUGUGUUUCCUGACAUAAGCAUUCAUUCCGCUGCACCAAAAUCUUUUCACUGAGACAUUCUGACUCAACCUGCUGCUCUGUAAAGCUGCUCUGUAAAGCUACCAUACCGUUAGAACCAGGAAAAAGACAACACAAUCUUGUUCAUGCUCUUUACUACUAACACUGCCUCAACUCAAACAGACAAGGAUAAAGGCCAAUCAGUCGCCAUCGUGGCGGACAUGCCUCUCUCCAACACGCCAGCCAGCCUGGCAGAACUCUUCAUAGCUUUAAUGUGACGGCAUCCAUUCAGGCCCAACUCAACAGCUGUAGUGCACCAAGAGCUGAUGGGACUGAGUUUGUGAGCAGUGGCUUUGGAUAUGUCACACCGAUGGAAGAUGUGACGUCUCUUACCUGGGAAGUGAUUAACACUGAACUGAUCCAGUGAUGAGAGUUUGGGGAGGUGGGCUCAGGUGUGAAUAAAGGAGUGACUGUAUAGAAGUGUAUAGAAUUUAAGAAUCACAGAAGUGCAGUGUACAGAGCUCCCGAUCCAAAGUCUGAUGUUUUCUCCCAUUGCAGCAGAUGUCCAGACCCCACUGUGCGUAGACCAGGUAUUGUGGAGAAAGCAUACUUUUUUGUUGUUGCAUAUACAUAAAUCCAUGUAAAGGAAUGCAGGAAAGAUCGGGUCAGAGGUUCUGAUGGGAGGAACUCCUUCAAGAGCUCUCUCUGCCUGCUGCCAAGCUGGCUCAGAAAGACCGGCCCAUAAACUGCACCCCUCUCCCAACGCAGGUCAGCAACUCCACCUCAGUAGCCUUACAAAAACCCUGUUAAACAUUUAACAGAUACCUCAAUGAAACUGAACACUUUCAUAAUAGCAUAGAAGGGAACCAAACAUGUAACACAGUGACACACACACCAUGACGUUUCUUCAGCAAAUUCUGCAGUCUUCUGUUUUUUAUCAAGCAAAAAGUCGCCAUGUUCUUUUGAAGAAACUGCCUAUAGGGCUGUGUUGCAGGCCCUGUAUAGGGAUCCAUUGUUUUUUCCCAGGAUGUCUGUUUUUCUAAUCACAGCACGAUAAUCAUGUGUAAAAGAGGCAGGCAAUAUAAACAACGGUCCACAAUGUAAACAAA